GGCCAUGUAACAGCAGCGGCGGCUGCAGCGGCUGCGGCGGCGGCGGCGGCAGCCUCAGAAUACACAGUAAGUCCCCACGACCUGUCGCCUUCUAACAUUGCCGCAGCACGUUCCUCCUCGGAGGCCAUCCCCGUCAGUGUGAGCACCAUGAUCGACAGCAGUGAGUUCCGCUCCCAGAUGGGCGAAGCAGCCACCUACCAGACUUUGAACGGCCGGAUGAGUCCCGGCUACAGCCCCAACAACAGUUACGCCACCCUGACGCCACUGCAGCCUCUGCCGCCCAUUUCCACCGUGUCGGACAAGUUUAGCGCUCAUCACGUUCCCCCAACGUCGAACGUCAGCGGCAGUUUUACACUGAUGCAAAAUAAUGGACUAGGAAUGGACAUGAACUACCGUUACGAUAAACUGACCAGUAUGGGUAUGAGCAUGGGCACAGCCCUGGGUGGCAGCCCCAUGUCCUCAAUGAUGGCUAGCAACGGCUACCAACAAGGGCUAAGCUCGUACGGGUAUGGCCACGGCCAGAACGGGCUCCAUUCGCCCAAGCCCGAACCGAAAAUGGUUUCCCCUACCAACUACGAAGCUUAUCGAAGCAGCCUCGGCGCACCACCACCAAGUUCUUCGAGGCUUCCCUCACCUAGUGGCAUGAUGCCGACCCCGUCAUCUAUGAAUGGUUUGCAAACUUCAGUGGCCACUUCGUCCCCUCACAGCCAUCACAGCAUGAGUCCCCAGCGCGAGCGACCAUCUACGUCCUCUAGCUCGUCCGAAUCUCAACAGUCGUCAUCUAAUAAAGAAGUGGAAGAAAUUAACACCAAGGAGUUAGCACAAAAGAUUAGUAGCGAACUGAAAAGGUACAGUAUCCCACAGGCUGUGUUCGCUCAGAGAGUGCUGUGUCGGAGCCAAGGGACCCUCAGCGAUCUGUUAAGAAACCCUAAACCCUGGAGCAAACUUAAGUCCGGACGUGAAACUUUUCGGAGAAUGUGGAAAUGGUUACAAGAACCCGAGUUUCAAAGGAUGUCGGCUCUUAGACUUGCAGUAGGUUUCAGUGGAUACAAUCAAACAGAUCAGGGGGAGACUACUACACAUUGCGAGGAUACUGUCAGCCUAUUAGCGAAACAGUGCGAGUCUGUGGAUUUACCAAGCGGUGUGUCUUAUCGGCCCUCUGUUAGCCCCUACAUAUGCACAAGACGAGAUUUUGUAGGGGAGGUGCGCAGUCAUUUGAAUCAAAGCCAGUAUAUUACUGGUACUUAUUUUAUCGACUCUCAAAAUGAUGAAAAGCAAAAAUCAACCCCAUCAGGAUUUGAACUCAGAACAGUGAGGUACUGAACUAUACAUGGGAAAAAGAAAAGAAAAAAAUAAAGAAAAAAACACAAAAAGAAUAUGUAAACAAAUAUAUAUAAAAAAAAAACAAAGACAAAAUAUGCACUCUACUCUGUUGGUUAUCCUCCCCUCUUCCUUCCCGCACAGACAGUGAUGUUAUCCUUGGUAGAUUUGCUGAGUCCUUAUGUGUCCUGACAAACCAGACAGACUGAAAAUGCGUGUGUUAUUCUUAGGCGUUUGAUUGGUUACUACCUCCAUGUCAUAAGUGUGCUUGGCAGGACUGAUCUCUGCUACUACUUAACAACUGAAACAACAACAACAACAGCAACUUUUUGUGGACAUAAGCAUCGCAUUGGAUAAACACUUCUACAAAUGCAGACAAAUUGUUUGCGAAUUGUUCAAAUCCGUAUUUCAUGGUUGGAUGAGGUACUCUUUAGCUUCAGCCUAUAAAAAGUGUGUCUGAAUAGGACUAUUUUUAUCACUUGGUCAACCAAUUUAAAUAGCCGAGUCUUUUACCGAAAGAUCCAAAGCAAUUCCUGCAUUGUUUUUUGUUUCUUAAUUAGACAUGGAUAGUCUAUUUAUUUAUUUUGUGUUGUGUUGUGUUGUGUGUAUAGGGUAAUUCUACCCGACUCAGCAACAUUGUAACACAAGCAUUUAUUCUGUUGACACAGUCACCUGGAGGAAUAGAAGACAAACGGGUCAGGAUAUAAUUCGAACCCUCACAUUAUAUUCUGAUGUCUUUAAAUAUCUAUCAAGUAUUUAGUCCAGAACUUUGCUGCUUUUUUCUCUUUCUGUUUCAUUUUUUAUUUCUUCUUCUGCCGGCAUGCUGUUCUCGUUUCAUAAAAUUAUUGAAACUAGAAAUGGGUUUUCUUGGAAUGUACACAUAUAGAUGUUUGGCAGCAGCAGCAGCAGAACAAUUCAAAUAACGAUCCUAACUGAAGUUAUUAUGAUGAAGAAUUCUGUUAUAAAUAAAACUGAAGGAGUGUAAUUUGUAGAGAAAGUGACAUGAGUUGGACAUUGGGCCUUGUGCAAGGAGUAGUGGCUUAGGUCUCGAACCAUGGCUCCUAUAUUGUCACAGUCUUAACACACAAGAAACGAAGGAGAGCAAAAAGAAACUGUGGGUGCCUGUAGGGGUAAGAUAUAAAAUCAAUUGAAGUCUUCGUCAUUUAACUCUUCUGUAUUAAUAAAAGCCUGACUUGGAAAGUUAACUUCAAUAUUGGCUUUCUCGUUUUGUUUACUCAACUUGAUGGUGUUCUACAGCAACUACAACAGAUUAAGAAACAAUGGGUUACAGACAUUGAGACACAAAGUUUGCUUGUUUCAACAAAGAAGAAAAUCUGCCAUCAUUAUCAUCAUCAUCAUUACAAUCUUCUCAUGAACAACUUGCUUCAUAAAAAGGAUACCUUUGUUUUGGUUUUUGUUUUUUUGUUAUUUUUGCAUUGCUGAGACUGGCUCCAGUAAUUUGUCUCACCCAUCUCUCCUCUCUCCUUUUUUUUUUAAUGAGGAAACUCUCUAGAAAAUCCAAAUAAAUAUUCACCCAUGAUGGAAUAUUGCUCUGACAAAUUGAGGCAACCAGCGUAAUACCAGUUAUUGAACUUGUGAUAUUUUAAGUAACAUUCAGCAGAAGGACAUCCUUCUUCUAUUUAGUCAGAAAUAAACUCUCUGUCCUUCUCUCUCUCUUUCACUGCAAGCCAUCAUGGCUUCCUACAAGUCAUCAUGUUAUCUGCUCUUAGUAUUCUAUAAAGACGAAAAAAAAAAAAAAAGAAAUUGCUGGCUGUGAACCCAUCUGCACAUAAAAAGCCAUUGUCACUGGAUAAUGUGAUUCCUGACAACAACUAUAUCUGGAAAUGAUGAGAUGGUCAUGUUUGGAACACUUUUGAUCAUAGUUCUGCUAAAUCAGGGUUGUCCUGAGGUUAAGCAACAACAACAACUGCCACUGUACCUACAAACAAAGGCUGGAGCCCUUAUCUGAUCAUUUGUCCUCUAGACAGAGCAGUUUCCCUCAAAUUUACAUCAUAUCAUGAAAACAGAUUGACACAUUAGAUAAUGUAGUCCAAGAGACAAUAUGGGAAAACAAGAUGGGAUGGUCAUGGCAGGAACAGUUGACUUGAUGUUAAAUAACAACAACCACCACUGUGCUUAUGAGCCAAAGAUGAAGCCCCUACACACUCAUUUGCCUGCUAGAAAUAGUGAUCAAAUCUUCCUCAAAUGUACAUCAUAUCAUUGGUAAAAAAAAAAUUGGACACAUUAGAUAAUGUAGUCCAAGAGACACUAUGCCUGGAAAACAAGAUGGGAUGGUCAUGGCAGUAAAUCCUUUGAUCCACAGAUCUACUCAAUCUGGACUAACCUGGGACUAAACAACCACUGUAUACUGUGUUUCUCACCAACAUCCUUUCAUUAACCAAUCAACCAAGCACUAUGUUACAUCAUUCUUGGGAACAGCUACGUCAUGGAGCUAAGUUCUCCCCCCCCCUCACCCCUACUAUGUGACCAUUGAGUACAUAAAAAAAAUCUAAUUUUGCAACUGCCACAUGGGACAGACUUUCAUUCAUUCCUUUACCAUUCUGAUCUGUAGAGACCACCCAAUGUGAUGGGUAAAUGUUCCUUCUCAGAACAAGCUGAUAAAAUAAAAAAACUACAGGAAAAUAUUCUAAUCUA